AUCGUCUGCCAACAACGAUGAAAAUAUGCAACAUUCGACGUUCUCCCCUGCUGCGCCGGGGGAUGCUUUUUCGGAUACCAAGAGAAAGGAACUCGUUAAAAGGGUGUGCCGUGCGGUGCCUUCGCUCGCAGUGUGGGAGAAGCUAGCGGAGGAAACAAUAGAAGACGUCGUCGCGCACUACACAACGCCCCCAGCUCAGAAUAGCCGCGUGUUGAAUACAAGUGAGGACACAGUAGGUACUUCUUCAGGCGCCUGUCCGGACGUUUCUCAGGCUAUACAGCAAAGCACCCCAGAACUGUGGGAAGGAGCAGGAAGAGCAGAAAGCCCAGUUCGGAGGGGAUCACUAAAUGAGGCAACCCCGGCCACACGUAGCUGGUCUUUUACUCCACACUUUGGUGCGCAAGCAUCUCUGUUGUUCGACGUUGUGGGGGUGCAGAUGGCCAAGACCAACAUUCAAGAAAUAGCUGCUGCGAAGGCAACAAGUUUAGUCCCCGACCCGCAGAAAAAGAUUACUAGAGGACACGCAACGCAACACGGAACAGGACAGCAGAACCAAAGCUCGACACCGAGCAUAGAUGGGAGUAGUGCCCGUCCCUCAAUAAAUACCUUGACAGACGGUGUGGUUACUACUUUUGGCAGAACUCUUUCGACAGCCUCUAGGCCUGCGAGGAAUAGCUACACUGCCGGUUCUCCGCGCCGAGAGCAGGGAUUUCUUGACCGUAGCGGAAGCUUGUGGUUUUACAAUAGAGCAUACGAUAGUUCGCGUCCGAGUCUUGCGGCCUGCAUACCCGAUGAGAAAGAGCAAAUAUUGCGCAGAGGUCUGGAAGCCGCCGCGCGAAAGGACAUUGAGGCGCGCACGUAUCAAAUCUUGAUGGAGAAGCGUGCGACUUAUCUAGAAAACUUUGCGGAGCACCUGCGCUCGUGGCAGCAAGGCAUACAGGACCACAUGCCGGUCGGAACCCCAGCACAAGCUGCGAAGGAGGCCGCGAAACAGGCCAUCGCGGCGGCACAGGCCCGCGCAGUAAGGACGAAAACCUCCGAGGUGGAGGUCAAAAAAUGCUGCUUAUGCCCGAAGCGCAUCACGAAGACCCCGUGAAAUUUGAUUGAUUAGUUCAUUAGUAUAGUGGAGCGAUCCUCGUCCCCUCUUUUGUUCCUGUUUUCUUCUUCCUUGGUUACUUAUGUCGUACCCCUCUGUCCUCUCCGAUGUGCUUACACAUUUGGUGCUCCACUCGUUUUCGUUUUCAUCGUCGCAAGGCAACAAAGAGUGCUCUUUACAGACACGCAUCCAUGUACUAGCUCAUCUCGGCCCGAACAGUGUGUGUGAUUCUCUUACUGUAGUUGAUAUGAAUGACAACAUGAGCCGCCUGCCCAUCAGGCCCAAUGUGAUGGAUUCUCGUUUGUAUAAGUGCCCGCUUCGUCAAAGAACCUUGAAUGCUGAAAGACAUUGAAAUGUGUUUUCUCACAGAAGACACUGGUAAGAAAUC